UGGGGAUCUUGAUCACUGCGUUGGGGCAGCUGGGGGACAUUUUAAAUAUACGAAUAUAGAGUUGAGUACGGGUGGGGGAUCUCCAUAGCCUAUCUUCUCUGCAACUCAGCUGUGACCUGAAAAAGCCAUAAAAAAAUGUUGGGAUAUAUGGUUAGGUGCAUCAAAGUUGACUUACACCCACCUAAAACCCUCCAACUCAGUCUCGCCAUGUUCUCAAUUCAAACAACUCCGCAGUAAUUAAUACACACACGAGACAUGUGCUUAGCCUAGCACUGUCUACUGUAUAGCCUCACUUCUCCCCAAACCCAGAAUAGGUGAAGAAGACGACUGAAUUCUCCUCUAGUGCCCUUCAAGCACCUUGGGCUGUUCAUUCAUUUUCUGGGUGUUGUUAAUUUUAGUAAAAAGUUUUGAUCUUUCCCCCCUUUGUUUGCAGUUUUUGUCUUCCAAUUUUAUUCCAAAUUGGCACUCCAGCUACUAGGGAUUCUUGUAAAUUUGUUCUUGUAUGAAGUAACGUGGGGGUUCUGCAAUCAAAUUCUUUUAUUCUCAUUUGUUUUGAUUCAUAUUGUUAUUAUUGUUGUUUUUGUUGUUGUUGUUGUUGUUGUUGGUACUAUAUUAUUGUGAUUCUGGGUAUCAUACUACUUGUCUACUUGGGUGCUUGUUAAAAACACACUUUUUCAGUUUUCAGAACUGGUUGGUGGUUGGAGAGCUCUGAAUUGCACUUCUGCUUUUACUUGCUAAAAUGUGUGAAAAUACUGAUUUCAGUUGUUUCUUGUAUAUUACUAGCAGUCUCUGAUUAGUAUUGCCAUUUUUUUUUUAAAAGAGGAUUUUUGUAGUUAGUUAAAGCCACAUGAUUUGAUGAAUACUAUCACUGAGGAAGAGAUGUCCAUUUUCUAGUUUAGUUAAAGCUUUACACGAUUUGACCAAUAGUGUGAUAAGGGAGAAAUGUCGAUUCUCUGUGGCGCUCCCCCGCUCCUUGAGUGUGUGUACUGUAUAGGCUGUGCCCGCUGGGCAUGGAAGCGGUGCCUCCACACUGCAGGCCAUGACAGUGAAAAUUGGGGGCUUGCGACUGCAGAUGAAUUUGAACCUGUCCCUAGGCUUUGCCGGUAUAUAUUGGCUGUAUAUGAAGAUGAUCUCAGAAACCCUCAAUGGGAACCUCCUCGAGGCUAUGGAAUUAACCCGGAUUGGCUGAUUCAGAAAAAAACGUAUCAAGAUAAUGGUGGACGGGCACCUCCCUAUCUCUUGUAUCUCGAUCAUGAUCAUGCUGAUAUAGUCCUUGCUAUUAGAGGCCUUAAUUUGGCAAAGGAGAGUGAUUAUGCUGUUUUGUUGGAUAAUAAGCUGGGUAAGAGAGCAUUUGAAGGUGGAUAUGUUCAUAAUGGCUUGUUAAAAGCAGCUGGAUGGGUUUUAAAGGCAGAAAGUGAGACCUUGAAGGACUUGCUCGCGAAAUAUCCAAAUUAUACUCUGACUUUUGCCGGGCAUUCUCUGGGUUCGGGUGUAGCAGCGUUAUUGACAAUAGUGGUGGUGAAUAGUCGAGAUAGAUUGGGCAAUAUUGACAAGAAAAGAGUCAGGUGCUUUGCCAUAGCACCAGCCCGAUGCAUGUCACUUAAUCUUGCUGUGAAAUAUUCAGACGUCAUCAACUCUGUGGUGCUGCAGGAUGAUUUCUUACCUCGGACAGCAACCCCAUUGGAAGAUAUCUUCAAGUCACUAUUCUGUUUGCCGUGUUUAUUAUGCACCCGGUGCAUGAGAGAUACAUGCAUAUCUGAAGAGCGGAAGCUCAAAGAAAAAAGGAGACUUUAUGCACCCGGUCGCCUCUAUCACAUUGUUGAGAGAAAGCCUUUCAGGUGUGGAAGAUUUCCACCCACUGUUAGAACAGCGGUUCCUGUGGAUGGGAGAUUUGAACACAUAGUCCUGUCUUGUAAUGCAACUUCUGAUCACGCCAUUAUUUGGAUCGAGAAAGAAGCCCAAAAAGCCCUGGAUUUGCUGCAAGAAAAAGAGGCGGCAAUGAAGAUUCCAGAAACACAAAGGAUGGAGAGGCAGCAAUCUUUGGCUAAAGAACACAGCGAGGAGUACAAGGCUGCGCUAAGGAGGGCUGUUACGUUGGAAGUUCCUCACGCAUUUUCACCCUCUGAAUAUGGAACCUUUGAUGAUAAAGACGACGAAUGUUCUGAUACAUCUGUCGGGGAUUCCUCGACUGGUUCAUCGAAGAAAAGCCGGGGCAGGGAAAAUUGGGAUGAAGUAAUUGAUCGUCUGUUUGACAAGGAUGAUUCAGGUCACAUUGUGCUGAAGAAACCUCUUCUUGGUGUUUGAUGUUGUGUCUAAUGAAUUACAUAUUGUUGUAUAAACAUUUGGAGGCUUUCAUUGAUAUAACCAUCAAUUUUUUCUUUUUCUUGUUUGGAUUAUUUGAUUUUGUGUAAUUUUAUUAUGUUAUUAUUGAGGCUUGAAUUCAUAUGAGGAAAUGAGUAGUACUUGUGAGGUAA